GGAAGACGGGCACAAGUGAGGUGGGGAUGAGAGAAAUCAUCAUAGUUAGCUCCGUGCUAGCUGCCGACUGUAGAAUUGUAAUGAGCUUAAUAGCCAAAUUUACUAGACUGUUUUAAUUCUGUUAGAGGCCACGAUGAAACAUUGACAACAAGAAUGGACAUAAGUUAACGAUGACGGGGGAGAAAAAGAAGAAGAAGCGGCUGAACCGCAGCAUUCUUCUUGCAAAGAAAAUUAUAAUAAAAGAUGGAGGAAGUCCUCAGGGAAUCGGAGAGCCCAGUGUUUACCAUGCUGUGGUUGUCAUCUUCUUGGAGUUUUUUGCAUGGGGUCUCCUCACCACCCCGAUGUUCUCGGUAUUACAUGAGACAUUCCCUCAGCACACAUUCCUGAUGAAUGGACUUAUUCAUGGGGUGAAGGGAAAGGAUUCUUCGGUCAUCCACCACAGUUGUUUUCUGUGGUCUAUCGGGUCUUUUGGUGUUGCUGAGCUCACCGGUGCGUUCCUUCUUUUUGAGAAUGUUCCAAACUGUUGUUUUGGCCACACCUAAUGUUUUUGCUAUCUUUCUGAUAGGUUUCUUUUGUUUUUUCAGGCUUAUGAUGGCUUGCUUCACUGAUAGUGACAACUCUUUGGAUCUCAUCUUGACAGUUGACAUCAACAGAUUCCAAAAGCAAAUAGCACACUUGAAAUGACCUCUGGACCUUUUAUCUGCUCAUUGUAAUUGGGAUAAUGAGGAAAUAACACACACCUGGCCAUGGAACAGCUGAGAAGACAAUUGUCCCAUUACUUUUGGUCCCUUAACAAGUGGGAGGCACAUAUGCAAACUGUUGUAAUUCUUACACCGUUCACCUGAUUUGGAUGUAAAUACCAUCGAAUAAAAGCUGACAGUCUGCAGUUAAA